CAUCCAUGCACACAGAAUACCAACACUGUUGACAUUACAUAAAAGGGUACUAUUAGCUAUAUCUGCCUGUCAUGCCGGAAAAAGAGAAUAUAGAAGAAGAAAACAAAAAGCAGGUGGAAGAAAAAAGCAUUGAAGCUUCCAAAACCGAGGAUAAUAUGGCAACGAAACGUAAGCAUGAAUUUAAUGAAGAAAACGCGGAAAUACCCGAGAAGAAACCAAAAGAAACAACUGUAGAAGAAAAGAAUGAAGAAAAUGUUGAGGAAGUGGACAGCCAAAAAGAGAAAAAAGAUUUGAAAAAGAUUGAUGACACAUCUCCAACCAAAAAACCGUCUACUCAAACAGAAGACGAGUCUGGGGCUGAAACAAGUACCUCAAAAUCCGAAGGAAAACCUGUUUCAGGAGAGGAACCAAGAAAUGAAAGUCAGGAAAAAGCAGAACCAUCAUCAAAACCAAGUGCUAAGCUUCCUAGUUUCUCCAAGUUUGCGUCCUUUUCCAGUUCAUCCUCUUCUCCUUUCGCAUCUAUAGCGACUUCACAAUCACCAGAAAGAAAAGAAGAUACUACUCCUUCGAAAGUGCCCGCAUUCGGUGCUAAGUAUGCAAAUCUCAGUAUGAACGAAAUAUUAGCAAGCACAAAACAGGAAAGCAAUGACGCCGAAGAUGACAAGCAUAGAAAGCAAGAACAAGAAAAGAAAAGCUUUGAUGAGUUAUUAACAAAUGCAAUUCCCAACGAAUCUGCUGCAACUCCUGAAUCUAGUGAGGAUCCAUCAGCUGCUAAGGAAGCCGCAACAGAAGAUUCAGUAGAAAAAAGUGGUAUACAAAUUAGCCAGUUAAGUGAAAAUGAAAUGAUAACUGGCGAGGAAAAGGAAAAGACCCUUUAUAGUAUCCGUGCUCGUUUAUAUGUCGUUGACGGAGAAAAGAGGAUUUGGAAAGAGCGAGGCCAUGGAGUUUUAAAGGUCAACGUUCCUCUGGAAGGAUCAGAAGGAGUCCACCGCUUAGUAAUGCGAAAUGAUGCGGUUCAUCGAGUCAUUAUGAACGUUCCUUUGUUUCAAGGAAUGUCUGAGCAAGCUUUCCAGAUUGCGUCGGCAUCCAGCGGUGGUUCUGCAAACUAUGUAAAGGUUUUUGUCAUUGAAAAUGGAAAGUCUGUUUUGUACGCAGUACGUGUCAAAGACAACGAAUCGGCGAGCCAACUCAAGGAUCAUAUAGUAGCCGCAAUCCCUAAGGAAGGCGAAAACAGUAAUGGAGAACAGGCGAAGAAGACAAAGGAGUCAGUUUAACGCUCUUUGUUUUGUUUCGAAUAUCAGAGUUGAGAAUGAAUUAAAGAAGGUUGUUGUCACUCUUUUCUCCCCCUUUUCUUUUGUCCUCAAGAGAAAACUAUUGCCCCUUUUUUGUUUAUCCCAUAUCACAUUCUCAAUCCUAAACAGCUACUGUCAUCGAUACGUUCGUGUGUUUAUACAGCUAUGUUUAUGUUGACAAGAGUCUUUCUUAUUCAUCGUAGAAAUCAUAUUAGGAACCUUGUAUCCUCAGAAUAUAAAAAUGAAUGCAAUGAAGUUUUUUUACUUUAACUUUUUUUUUCUUUCUUGGAAUGCCAAUCACUAAACCCUUCUCUGAUGAAGCUAUAUUUUUCUAAUGUAAAAUCCUUUUUUGCAAAUCUAAACACAGCAGACCUUUAGCAUCCUACUUAAACCAGUUGUAGCAUUUAAAAACGCC